AUGGGUACGACCGAAGGCGACGUCGGAUACGUGAUCUCACCCGAGCAGCAGCUCCAGAAUGAGCUCAACAGCUACGACAUCUCUCCGCAGGACCGGCGCCAGAACUUCUCCAUGCUGGAGACGGCCUCGGCGUCUCACAGUGACGACGGCGCCAAAUACGAAGCCGCAGUGCUUCCCUACCGCCCCAGCACCGAGUCCGACACUGCUUCUGUCAACUUCACCGACUCGUUGAUGGUCGUGGGCAAGCAGCUCCCGUCGGGGCGGGCUGCAGCAGCUCUGGAUCUCUUCGCACGGGAAAACAUCGGACUAUUCGUCAACUACGUCGCGGUCGGUGCAGUGCACGGGCUCUUCCAGUCCCUCAUGUACCCGUACUUGAACGUGUACCUGAAUAUGGACGACUACCUGGCGUACUCGGCGGAGCGGUGGCUUGCUCUACCGUGGCUGCUCAAGGUCUUCAUGGCGAUGCUGUCGGACGGUGUCCCCAUCAAAGGGUCGAGGAGGCGAGCGUACAUGUUGAUCGGGUGGGGAAUAUGCUUCUUCUUUUCGUUUAUAUUAGCUGUGCUUCCUGUGGAGACGCCCUACUUGACGGACGGAGCUGUGACGAAUAGCAGUGCAGCGGAGGCUGGGAACAAAUACGUGGCGAUGUUCGUGAUUGCCACCUUUGGAUAUGUUUUGGCGGACACUGCGAGCGAUGGCAUGCUGUGCGAGCUGGAUGGAGAUACCAACCCGUUGCCAAUGCCGCGAGCUUCAGGACCGACUUAUGUCGUCACGACACUCUUUGCGGCACGAUAUCUUUCGCAGUUCAUUGUGACGUUCUUCGUGGCGUUCAUGUGCAAUAGUGACUGGUACGGGGGAAGUUUCGCGUGGGGAGCUACGAUUAAUGGGAUGGUGGUGAUCGCUGUGCUGGUGUCGGCCGGGACAUUGGCAGCCACGUGGUUCUGUUUACUGGAGGACGAGAAUCCCGCUGGAUACAACGUCCACAUUCUGACGCCGCGCGAAUGGAAAAUCACCGCCCGCAAGUUGUUCCAUCAGCGAGCAAUUCUCCAGCUGAUGUGCUACAUUUUCCUUUCAAGGCUCUGCUUCACAUAUUAUGCCACGUCGGCCAAGGCGAUUUACGAGUACUGGGCUCCAGCCGGGGCUUUGACGACCAACAUUUUCUCCAGUUUGAACGCUGCAGUGUACGCAGGAGCAGCGCUGGCAAUCGGUCACGGGCCUACGAUGCACAUCUUGCAAAAGCUUGGAUGGCGACAGACAGUGGCUGGCUCAGUGGUGGUUUCGGCCGCUCUCACUCUCGUUGUGGCUCUCUUUGUGGUGUUCAACUUGCUUCUUUGCUGGUAA